UACCCUGCUCCCUCUAUCCUCGAGCGGUGGCAGCUUAGCUCCAUUCUAUUCUUCCUCUCCCCAUCCAAAGUGCAGGAAAUGGCUUCUACUUUCAGCACCAUGUCCACGAUUGGCUCUUUGAGUGCUACUAAUUGUCUUAGUGCCAAUAAAGCCUCUGUUGAGAAGUUCUCUUCUCUUUCUUCCGUAUCUUCCAAUUCACUGAGCAGCGGAAGGCAGAACUUGAAAAUGCAAAAAAGGUGCAAUUCUAGGAUCAGAGCUAUGGCCAAAGAGUUACACUUCAAUAAGGAUGUCUCUACCAUUAAGAAGCUACAGACUGGUGUCAAUAAGCUUGCAGACCUCGUUGGGGUCACUCUCGGUCCGAAGGGUAGAAAUGUUGUUUUGGAGAGCAAAUAUGGAUCACCAAAUAUGCCAAAGAGGUACCUAAUUAUCAGAGUCGAAUUAGAAGAUCCUGUUGAGAACAUCGGAGCUAAGUUAGUAAGGCAAGCUGCUGCAAAGACAAAUGAUCUCGCUGGGGAUGGAACUACUACUUCCGUCGUUCUUGCUCAAGGUUUGAUUGCUGAGGGUGUUAAGGUUGUUGCAGCAGGUUCCAAUCCAAUUCAGAUUACGAGAGGGAUUGAGAAAACAACCAAAGCCCUAGUGGCUGAACUGAAGCUAAUGUCAAAAGAGAUCGAAGACAGUGAGUUAGCUGAUGUAGCUGCUGUAAGUGCUGGGAACAAGUAUGAAAUUGGAAACAUGAUUGCAGAGGCUAUGAUUGUUGCGAAAGUUGUGUUAACAAAAGAGACAACAACCAUUGUUGGUGAUGGCUGCUGAGCAGGAGUAUGAGAAGGAGAAGCUAAAUGAGAGAAUUGCAAAGCUUUCAGGAUCUUGAGUGGGUGAUUGACAAAGG